AGUUUCUGACAAAUUCUCAUUGUCGUCAGGUUUUGGUUUUGACUUUUGAGUCAACUCCAUACUUUCAAGUUUCAACUUCUUCUCCAUCGUUAUCAUCGCAUUCAUGGCCGGAGAGGAGUCAAAGAAACUGAAGCUCUACUCUUACUGGCGGAGCUCUUGCUCUUGCCGCGUUCGCAUCGGUCUCAACUUGAAAGGAUUAGAGUACGAGUACGUGCCAGUGAACUUGCUGAAAGGAGAACAACAGACUCCUGAGUUUUUGAAGCUUAACCCUGUUGGGUUAGUGCCCGUGCUGGUCGAUGGUGAUGUAGUACUUGCAGACUCGUUUGCCAUCUUGAUGUAUCUUGAAGAAAAGUUUCCUCAGCAUCCCUUGUUACCUAAGGAUCUUCAUAGAAGGGGUAUCAACUACCAGGCUGCGAAUAUCGUUUGCUCAAGUAUUCAGCCUUACCAGAAUAUACCUAUUCUUAAAUUUAUGAAAGAAAAAUUGGGUCCUGAUGCAGAUGUUGCUUGGGCUCAAGAUCAUAUUCAAAGAGGCUUCUCUGCUCUUGAGAAGCUGUUGAAAGAUUAUUCUGGAAAGUAUGCUACCGGGGACGAAGUUUUUCUGGCUGAUUUAUUUCUGGCACCACAGAUUGAUGGUGCCAUUAGAAGAUUCAAGGUUGACAUGGAUGAGUUUCCUCUUCUGGCGAGGAUUUUCAAGGCAUAUUUAGAGCUACCUGCAUUUCGGGAUGCUAUGCCAGAAAGGCAACCUGAUGCACCAGCUGAGCAUCGAGACUGAGGAAGAGAGACAGAGAAGUAAACUUGACAGCUUCUUGUUCUUGGUCAGGUAUUCAAUAUGAAAUCCCGGCCUUUUCUUUUAAAUGGCAUGGCAAACAUGGGGUGGUGGAAACAAGAAAUCACGAAAGCAGGAUAAAUAAGUGAUGACCAAUAUCCACUGAUGUCUAUGCUCUGCAGACAAUUUCUAACUUUGUACAAAUGUCACUCAUCCAUGUUUGUUUAUUUCCCAUGGCGGACUUGCUUCAUUUCCAAAGAAGAGGUGAACUGACUUCGUCCCAGGAUGAAGCAGUACCUUUGUAAGCAAUACUACUGUGUUUAACUUAGCAUGUCGUCUUCGACCUGAUAAACCAAGUAAAGCAAAUCAAUGUUUUUUGUUUUUUA